UGGACUGCUCCACUACCUAGUACAUCCUUCCUAUGUACUGCAUAGUAUCUCGUUUGAAAGAUAACAACUAGAUAAAGCGCCUAGGCUGAUUGGCAUCCACGGAUUGGCACCUUCAUGAAUGCUGUCGUCCAAACCAUCUCCUAACUACGUGGUUAUAACUCAGCCCAGCCAUUCGCUUUUGGUGAAUUGAAAUUUCUUUUGCUGUUAUAGCAACGGGCACAUAAUUGCUAGAUGCGUUCUCAGGGGGACUGGUCAUCCUUCGAGGGGAUAGUGACUGGCCUGCUCGAUGGCAACCCCAUCGCUAUUGCUGUCGCCGUCUUUAUUGCCUUUGGGCUUCCUGUGCUGCUGCAUCUGAUAUUCUACCGCGCGGUUGCAUCCCCGCCGUCCAGCAAUUUCUUACUCCUAGGCCCUGGUGGGGCUGGUAAGACUGCUCUUCUGACCCUCUUGGAAGCCAAAACGUCUCUUACCCGGAAAGACUCUCGACUCACACAUACGUCGCAAACGUCCACUGUAGCCAUUGUCAACCUUCCCGCCUCAAUUUCGACUGCCUCAAACCGUUACCGGUCUGUCAAUGAUUCGUCCUUGCAGGACAUUUCCAAGAACCCAGUCAAGUACCGCUUGACGGAUACCCCAGGUCAUGGGAAAUUGCGGGGGUCUCAGGGACUUACGACCCUUUUAUCUAUGUCGACCACAAAUGAUGUAAAGUCCCGACUGCGUGCCGUUCUAUUCAUGGUAGACACAGCAGCCCUUUCCGAGACCGAGACACUGCGAGACACAGCCUCUUAUCUUCAUGACGUGCUUUUGAUUCUCCAAAAUCGUGCUCUUAAAAAGGGAAAAUCCCCAAUGAAAACAGCUUCGGAGAUUCCCGUGCUUGUGGCCGCCAACAAGCAAGAUCUUUUCACUGCCUUGCCGCCUGCCUCAGUGCGCGAAAAGCUGGAAACCGAGAUUGACAGGAUUCGAAAGUCCAGGAGUAAGGGCCUGAUGGAAGCUAGUGUCGAUGCCGGAGUUGAUGAAGAUGAGGAGGAUAUGCUGGGCAGUAAUGACGCACGACAUAGCUUUUCGUUUGGGAGCUUGGAAAAGGAUAUCGGGUUGGUUGUUGACGUUGUCGGCGGCGCAGUUAAGGGUGAUGAGAAGGGAAAUUUUGAGUCUGGUGUGAGGAAAUGGGAGGAAUGGAUCGGACAGUGCCUGUGAUUAACGACACUAGAUUUUGGCCGGGGUUACUACCAGUGCCCCUAUACGUGCAGUGAGUCGGAAUAGUACCGGGAAUGUCUUGCAAUAUGAUCCUACGCUGUCCACAAUUUCCGACUCCCAUACAAGGAAAAGGGACGAAGAAAGCUCUGAGACAAUGAGCUGGUGAAAUGCUUGACUGAAAGAUGACUCGGGUAUAGUUUGAAACUAUCUCUCCCAUCUUCAGGUGCAAUUACAAGGAGCUCCUCCGUUCAUCCAGUCCUCUCCAAAGUAGAUGAAUCUGUCGUGAGUGGAUCACCAAGGUUCUAGGCCAAUAUGAAUGAACCUCCGACUACCCCGGCACAAAGGUUUAUCCAGUGUGCCAAUCAGACGUACUGAUGAUUAUAUCCUCUUUCCCUGGUCAUGGUUUUCGCCGGAUUGUAUUGAAUGAAC